AUGGGGAAGAAGCUGGACCUGCAGCUCCUUCAACUCCCAUCAGACCUUCUCUCCACUUCUCCAAAUCCUGGGCCCACAAGUGCAGCUCUGACAUCGAAAGUGUCAUCCUCUCCUGCAGGUUACUCAAGCAUCAAAACUAGGGUUGGUGAGAGGCUGAUGCAGGUUCCGUUUUGUUCCCAAGGGUUUCAGUUUGUCCUUUCUCUCAUCCACAUCCAGUAUCCCUGUCUGACUGCCAGUCUAGUAGAUCUGCAGCAACUUCAGGCUGAACAAGAGACUCAGAGGCAAACCCCAGGGCCGCGGGACGGUGCCGGCUCGUGGGUCACACGCACCCAGGAGGCUCCUGGCUCCCGCGUGGCGGCUGUUCCAGCACGCCCUCCGACCCGCAACCGGACCCUCCAGACAUCAGACUCAGUGGUCCCCACCUCCGGUCUCCCACCUCAGGACGCAGUUCCGCGGCGUCCACCCGGCCCCCUCCCCUCAGUCCCACGCAGCGGCUCAGCCGUACCCACUCCGGCUUCUCUGAGUUCAAUCCAGCAGCAGCUCGAGCAGCGGCCCCGCCCCUCUCCUCCGCCCCUCGGUCGGAGCCAUAGAGACGUCGGCUGCCGGCCAGAGUGGCUUCAGACCGCAGCGUCGGCCGAGAGGACGCCGGGAUACUGGCCAGCUCCAAGUCGAAAGGAAGCGACGCUUGAGUUCUGUUUGGUGCGGUGGGUAGAUACCUCGAGUUUCUCCUCGCCCACCGUAGGCCCCGACCCCUAAAAAGGAAACUUUUGGGACGUCAGAGUGAGAGGAGAAAAGUGCCUUUUUAGUUUAGUUUUGUCAAACCUGAGGAUUCGUUUUUCAGUUUAGCCGGAGCUGUGCCGCAAACGUAGCUGCCGACAUCCCCACGACGCACCCAAGUGGUGGCCCGGAAGCUGGGGAUAGAAAAGUGGCCUCCCCGAAUGCCAGGCAUACAGGCCUUACUACCAGAAGCUUGAGCUGGGAGCCUCGGCCGUCGCAUCUCUAAGAAUUUUAAACAGAAGAACGCAGAAGAAUUCUCUUUAUGUUACCUUCAUUUAGCAACAAAUCAACUUGACUCAACUGAUACUUACUGAGUGCCUUUAAAGGGAUGAUACGUUUUUUAACUUCAUGGGAAUGCUUUGAGAAUCAAAUGGGUGAAGUCCAACAGUACCUGGCACAUAAGUGUUUUGAUGUGCUGAAACAGGUGGUGACUUUUCAAAUAAAAAUUCAGAGCCACAGGGAGAAAGUUGCAAUGUGGAACCAUCAACAUAUUGUACUUGUACUGAAUCAUCUUCAUAAAGUACCAUUCGCAGUUCGGCUGCCAUUACUACGGCAGGAUAAGAUAUCCUUCUAAGUCAAAGACUGAAUGAAAUAGGAAAAACAAUAGCAUAAAUAGUUCUCUUCAUGUACAAAAGUUUUAUCAAAAUAAAUGGGUGCAUUUUCUAAGAAGAUGA